AUGGGCAGCCGAUGGGGUCAUAUUCUAGCUAACAUAUUCAUGGCCAGUCUGGUGACCAAAGCCAAUAAAACAUUGACCGGUAUUCUGCUCUACAGGAGGUAUUUUUCUGACACGUUGAUAAUCACCCAGAGCGAGGAGUUGUUAAAUGAAUUGAAUUUGCUUGACAAGGACAUACAAGUCACUGUGGAAACUGAGCAGUACAAAACAAACCUAUUUCUGGAUAUUGUUAUUGGUGGAAGAACUGACCGAACUAUUUCUAGAUUAGUGCAUCAAAAAUCCACAUGGGACAACCAGUAUAUGCAUCCUGGGAGUUUUGCUCCAAUCCAAUCCAAUCGAGCUACGAGUUUGUGUACUCCAGAUGAUGUGCAGAGUGCGCUAUUUCAGCUGACGGAAACUCUGAAGCUCAAUGGUUAUACAAAGGUACAGUGUAAAAGUCAAACCCAAGACCUCGGGGGUGACAGUACCGAAAUUUGA